AUGGCUCUCAUGUAUGGGAAGGAAAAGAUGCAGAGCAUGAACCGAAAAUCUCCUGAAACUGGAACGAUCCGUCUAUUUGAUCGCACAGACUACUACUCUGUCCACGGGCAGGAUGCUCACUAUGUCGCAACACACGUCUUUUGUACCAACUCUGUCCUGGAGUAUCUAGGUGCUGGAGGCAAGGCUGGUGGUCUUCCGAGCGUCACGCUCAGCCACACCCUGGCACACUCAUUUUUGCGAGAUGCCAUCACAUCUAAACAGCUGCGCGUAGAAAUAUGGGUGCCCACGCCUGGGCAGGGAAGGAAAGCUUCCAAUUUCGUAACACUUUUCUGGCCCAAGAAAGUCAAGGCGUCGAAAUUGGAGGACAUUCAUGCCAAAAUGGUGAUGAAGGAAGCUGCACCACGAGCGUCUGCGGAAGCCUCGACGUCUGCUAAGAAGCCUCGGCCCAUUACAGGUGGCAAGAGCAAUGGCACACCAUCUACCACGAUGAAGGCCAAUGGCAAAGCCCAUUGA